AUGCCUUCACGGUAUGAAAUCGAUAAAAUAUCAUGGGGAUACCGUCCUACGGCUAACAUUGAGGAUUAUAUGACAAUUGAAGAAUUGCUCAAAGAAUUAGUUAUUACGAUCAGUACUGGAGGAAAUGUCUUGAUCAAUGUUGGACCCAACUUGCAUGGAAAGAUUCCACCAAUAUAUCAAGAACGUCUUCGACAGAUGGGUUCAUGGUUGCAAGUCAAUGGUGAGGCGAUUUAUGCUACGAAACCAUGGAAGUAUCAAAAUGAUUCCACCAAUCCCAAUGUCUGGUAUACAUCAUCAAAAGACACUAAAUUCGUCUAUGCUCUUCUUCCUAUAUGGCCAAAAGAUAAUUCUGAAAUUAUACUCGGUGCUCCAUUGAGUUCCUCCAAAACAGUUGUGACACUUCUGGGCUCAAGUAUUGAUUCACUUCCAUGGCGCGUAGCUAGUGGAGACCGUGGUAUUGUGAUCGAUGUUUCACAGAUCAAACUUCAUUCGCUCCAAAGUGGUUGGACAUGGGCAUUCAAACUGGAGAAUUUGUUACCAGACAAUGGUAUUAAUCCCACCCCUGGAUUUUCUAUUGGUUCUAAAUGUUGUAAUGGUGUUUGGUUUAUAUGCACUCGACGGUUCCGACAAAAUGACAAAAUGAAAAUAUUCUUUUUUAAUUGUGGUGUUAUACGAAUUGUGAUCAAUCCGAUAAUUGUUAAACAUGCUGAUGUGAUGAAACCAACAAUUGAAUAUGUUAACGAAUAUAAGUGUCCAGUAAAGACUCCGUAUAUAAUAAAGAUGAUCGUUGGACAACGUAACGCUGCUAAUAUUAAUAAUAAUACAACAAUGCGCUUUAUAACUGUCAAAUCUCUUAAGUUUCGUUGUCGCUGUUUUGCAGCUAUAAUAAGUGUUGCUGGGCGUGCAGAACCACGUAUAAAUUUCGUUAUCCAUGCAUAG